AUGGAGCCUGGGGGUGCGGAGCUUGAGAGUGUGGAGCCUGGAGGUGCUGAGCCUGCGUGUGAGGGGUCUGGAGGUGCUGGAGCUGGUGGUUCUGGGGCUGCUGAGGGUGCUCGUACUGGAGGUUCUGGAGCUGCUAGAGGUCCUGGUGCUGGUGGCGCUGGAGCUGGUGGUUCUGGGGCUGCUGAGGGUGCGAGCGCUGGAGGUUCUGGAGCUGCUGAGGGUGCUGGUGGCGCUGGAGCUGCUGAGGGUGCUGGCGCUGAGGGUUCAGAGUCUGCUGUUGCGCGGUCUCCUUGGAGUAGCCGCCUUCGUCCACGUGUGCCUCUCACCUCGCAGCAGCUGCACGACUGGUACGGUCGCCGUCAGGGUCGCGCUGCUGGAGCCCGGGGCUCUACUGCUGGAGGUACUUCUGCUGACGUCCCUGGAGCUAGGAGUGGUGCUGGUACUUUGUCUACUGGAGGUGCUGGAGUCGCUGGUCCCGGAGGUGCUCGUACUGGAGGUACUGGAGCUGCUGGGGCUGGGGGUGCUGCGUCUGGAGGUGCUGCUGCUGGAGACACUAAGGCUGGAGACCCUGGGACUGGAGGUGCUGGUUCUGGGGGUGCUGCUGCUGGAGGCACUGGGGUUGGAGACCCUGGGCCUGGAGGUGUCGGUUCUGGGGCUGGAGCUUCUGGAGCUGCUGGAGGUGCUGGAGCUGCUGGAGGUACUGGAGCUGCUGGCGCUGUCGACAGGUAG